AUGCCUACCACUUACAAGACUUGUCCUAUACACACUAAAUACUCUUGUGAAGCUAUAUUGUGCGAAUAAAGUCCUUCUAGUGCUUAAAUCUAUAAAUGUUGGAAAUGUAUCACAAGCGAAAACAUCAAUACUCACUCUCUGAUUACAAUUAAAGAAAUUGUUGAGGCUGCAGAUGAUAAAACUGUUUUGGAAAAGUGGCCUCCAUUGAGAGACUAAGAAAAUAUUUUGCAGAAAGUCGCAAAGGUAUACAACGAAACUGAAUCUAAAUACCCAAAGAAAGAAAUAGAAAGAAAAAUAGAGAUUUUCUUCGAUGAAAUGGAGAGAAAAAUAAAGGAAUAAAUUUAACAGCACAAAGAGCAAAUGCUUUAUUUAUCUGGAGUCUACUGCGAUACAAGCAGAACUGUAAAAUCUAUUUACGAAGAAAUAGCUAAUUUGGAUACAUUUAAAAAGUUGGUUAUUAAUUCUACAGAUGAAUAUUCUUAAUAGAGAUUAGUAGAAUUCAUAUAAUAAAAAUACGAGGCUAUUUAAUACAACUCUGACAAACUUUCUGUUGCCAUUAAAUAACACGAAGAGAUGAAUUGCUUAUUCGACUUUGAAAGACCAAAUGAAAUUCAAUUAAGAAUCCUUGAUUCUAUUAAAUAAAUAAAUUUCUUUGUUCUUGAUAAUGAUGAAGAAGUUCAUGAUUAUUAAUCUCAUUUUACUCCACCCUCAUCAUAAUGCAGCAGCAACUUUGAAGAAAAGUUGUUUGAAGAAUCCCAAAAUCCCCAAAUAGAUCUCAUAAUGAGACUGCUUUCAAACAAAUUUAAUUUCUGUAAUGAUUAAUUCUUGAGAGAAGUCAGAUAAAAGCUUUAUAAAUUGAAAAAUUACUUCUCUAAGAUAUCUAUUGAAAACGCCUUCAUUUAAGAUAAAUAGCCUUUAACAUUUGAAAAUUUGAAUGCUUAGUAACUAGAAGAGUAUGCUUAAAUAGGCUUUUUAAUUAGCAAUUAGUCAAAUACAAAUAAUAUUUUAGAGUCUUCCUAUCAGACAGAGUCUCCAUAGAACAAUCAACUUGUUAAAUCAAAUACGUAAUCAUCUCCUUCCUUAGUACAAAACUUACAGAAACUCCUAAGAGUCAGUCAAAUAAAUGAACUGCUUAAGACUUAAGAGCAAAGAAGUAUGAAAUUAACUUUCUAAAAGACAGAAUUCAAAGACAGUCAUUUUGCUUGUCUUGUCGGAGUCGACUCUCAAAAGAAUGCUGUCUUUAAAUAAACAAAGGAAGGUUACUGCUCUGCCUAUUUAAAUGUUCCAAUUAUGAAUGAACUAAUGUAUGUAAUGCGUAUUAGACUAGAUAGCAAAAACAAUAAUUACCACUAAUUCUGUGGUUUGGUAGCAACACAAAUUAAAGAUAUUUAAUAUAUGCAUCAACAAGAUGUUAUAUUUACUCUAAAAGACGAUAGAGUUGGAGCCUCUAAAAAGAAAGGAAAUUAUUUGCAUUAAAAUGGAGUCAGACAAAAAUACAAAGAAUUUGAAAUCCAUUUCUGUGUAGCAUAAUAAGUUUUCAUCUUUGCCGAUUACCCUAACUACGAUAACAUUAAUGUUAUACCAAAAGAUAGAUUUAAAAAUAUUAAUGCUAACGAAAACUACGUAUUUGCAUUUGAACUUUAUUACCCCGAAGAUAAAAUUACUGUAACUCAUCUUCAAAUUACUGAAUAAUUCCCAGAAAUGUAACCUAAAAACAAUUGA